GAUGGGCGUUGUUCGAGCGUCCCUUUCGAUCCACUCCUCUCCUUCUCCUUCUCCUUCUCCUUCUCCUUCUCCUCUUUAUACUACGCUCUCCCAACUCCUCUUCCGAUCCUGUGCCUGUGGUGGUGAUCGGCGGUGGCUUCAAUCCCUAGUGAAUCGAAAUCCGAGGUCAUGUGCUGAAUCGGUUUUGGAUCUUGGUGAUUUAAGGUUGUUCAGAUCGGGAUCCGGUUUGGAGAAACCUUGAUCUUCGUCCAUGGAGGUCGGCGGAGAGAAGUCGUUGAAGCAGAAUGGGAGUCAGGUUUGUCAGAUCUGUGGUGAUGGUGUUGGGACGACGGUGGAUGGGGAGCUCUUCGUUGCUUGUAGUGUUUGUGGGUUCCCUGUUUGCAGGCCGUGUUAUGAGUAUGAGCGCAAGGAUGGUAACCAAUCCUGCCCUCAGUGCAAGACCAAGUAUAAGCGUCACAAAGGAAGCCCGCCGGUUGGUGGAGAGGAAGGGGAGGAUGGAGAUGCUGAUGAGGUCGCCAGUGACUUCAAUUACUCGGCUGGGAACCAGGAACAGAAGCAGAAGAUUGCUGAGAGGAUGUUGAGCUGGCGCAUGAAUCGUGGAAGAGGGGAGGAUAUGGGGCCUCCCAAGUAUGAUAGUGGAGAGCUUCCUCGCAGCCACAUUCCAUUGAUCAGUCAUAGCCAAGGGUUCUCUGGGGAGCUGUCAGCGGCAUCUCCAGAUCAUCAUAUGAUGUCUCCUGGAGGUGGUGUUGGUGGAAAGCGUGUUCAUCCUCUCCCUUAUUCAUCUCCCAACCCUUCAAGGGAAUUUUCUGGUGGAUUUGGAAAUGUUGCCUGGAAAGAGAGAGUUGAUGGCUGGAAGGUGAAGCAGGAUAAAAACGUUGUUCCAAUGACUAAUGGUACUAGUCAUGCCCCUUCGGAGGGCAGAGGAGCGACAGACAUUGAUGCAACAACUGAUUACAAUAUGGAUGAUGCUUUAUUGAAUGAUGAAGCUCGCCAGCCACUUUCAAGGAAGGUCUCCAUUCCUUCUUCCAGGAUAAACCCAUACAGGAUGGUCAUUAUUUUGCGUCUUGUUGUCCUGUGCAUUUUCUUACAUUAUCGUAUCACAAAUCCUGUACGCAAUGCCUUUGCUCUAUGGCUAUUAUCAGUGAUAUGUGAGAUUUGGUUUGCCAUAUCAUGGAUAUUGGAUCAGUUCCCUAAAUGGUUUCCAGUGAACCGUGAAACUUAUCUGGAUAGAUUGACUUUAAGAUAUGACCGAGAAGGUGAACCAUCUCAGUUGGCUGCUGUUGACAUUUUUGUUAGUACUGUUGACCCUUUGAAGGAGCCACCUCUUGUCACGGCUAACACUGUUCUUUCAAUUCUUGCUGUGGAUUACCCUGUCGACAAGGUCUCUUGCUAUGUCUCUGAUGAUGGAGCUGCUAUGUUGACAUUUGAGGCCCUAUCUGAAACUUCAGAGUUUGCACGGAAAUGGGUUCCUUUCAGCAAGAAGUAUAACAUUGAACCACGGGCUCCAGAAUGGUACUUUGCGCAGAAGAUUGAUUACUUGAAAGAUAAAGUUCAUCCAUCUUUUGUUAAAGAUCGCAGAGCUAUGAAGAGAGAAUAUGAGGAGUUUAAAGUUCGCAUUAAUGGACUUGUUGCAAAGGCCCAGAAGAUCCCUGAUGAAGGCUGGAUCAUGCAAGAUGGGACACCUUGGCCUGGUAAUAACACAAGAGAUCAUCCUGGAAUGAUACAGGUUUUUCUUGGUCAUAGUGGAGGCCUGGACACUGAGGGCAAUGAGCUGCCACGACUUGUCUAUGUCUCUCGUGAGAAACGCCCCGGUUUCCAGCAUCAUAAGAAGGCCGGUGCAAUGAAUGCACUUGUACGUGUCUCAGCAGUGCUUACUAAUGGAUCAUACCUGUUGAAUCUUGAUUGUGACCAUUAUAUAAAUAACAGCAAGGCAUUGAGGGAAGCUAUGUGUUUCCUUAUGGAUCCAAAUCUCGGAAAGUCAGUUUGUUAUGUUCAAUUUCCUCAGAGGUUUGAUGGCAUUGAUAGGAAUGAUCGUUAUGCAAACCGCAACACAGUGUUUUUUGAUAUCAAUUUAAGAGGUCUUGAUGGCAUUCAAGGCCCUGUUUAUGUCGGCACGGGAUGUGUUUUCAAUAGAACUGCUUUGUAUGGUUAUGAACCACCAAUUAAAAAGAAGGCUGAGAAGAACUUUUUGUUAUCAUUAUGUGGUGGCUCCCGGAAGAAGAGUUCAAAAUCAAGCAAGAAAAGUUCGGACAAGAAGAAAUCAAGCAAACAUGUGGAUAACACUGUGCCGAUCUUCAAUUUGGAAGAUAUAGAAGAAGGUGUUGAAGGCGCUGGGUUUGAUGAUGAGAAGUCAUUACUCAUGUCGCAAAUGAGCUUGGAGAAAAGGUUUGGUCAAUCAACUGUCUUUGUCGCCUCAACACUAAUGGAAAAUGGUGGAGUUCCUCAAUCAGCAACACCGGAGUCUCUUUUGAAAGAAGCAAUUCAUGUCAUCAGCUGUGGUUAUGAAGAUAAGACUGAAUGGGGAAGUGAGAUUGGAUGGAUUUAUGGUUCCGUGACUGAAGAUAUUCUUACUGGAUUUAAGAUGCAUGCACGAGGAUGGCGAUCAAUUUACUGCAUGCCUGAACGGCCAGCCUUCAAAGGUUCUGCUCCCAUUAAUCUUUCAGAUCGUUUGAACCAAGUGCUCCGAUGGGCUCUUGGAUCUGUUGAGAUUCUCUUUAGCCGUCAUUGCCCCAUAUGGUACGGGUAUGGUGGUAGAUUGAAAUUCCUCGAGAGAUUUGCAUACAUCAACACCACUAUUUACCCGCUUACUGCUCUUCCACUUCUCUUGUACUGUACUUUGCCUGCUGUCUGUCUGCUGACAGGAAAGUUUAUCAUCCCGCAGAUUAGCAACUUCGCCAGUAUCUGGUUCAUUUCUCUCUUCCUUUCGAUCUUCGCCACUGGUAUACUCGAGAUGAGAUGGAGUGGGGUUGGUAUCGACGAAUGGUGGAGGAAUGAACAAUUCUGGGUCAUUGGAGGUGUCUCCGCCCAUCUCUUCGCCGUAUUCCAAGGUCUUCUCAAAGUACUAGCUGGUAUUGACACCAACUUCACUGUCACCUCAAAGGCCUCCGACGAAGACGGAGACUUCGCUGAGCUCUACAUGUUCAAAUGGACAACACUCCUCAUACCACCAACUACUCUACUCAUUGUAAACCUAGUUGGUGUCGUUGCCGGUAUCUCCUACGCCAUUAACAGCGGGUACCAAUCCUGGGGUCCGCUCUUUGGUAAGCUCUUCUUUGCUUUCUGGGUGAUCGUCCAUCUAUACCCUUUCCUCAAGGGUCUUAUGGGCCGGCAAAACAGAACACCUACCAUUGUUGUUGUCUGGUCCAUUCUUCUGGCCUCCAUCUUCUCCUUGUUGUGGGUUAGGAUUGACCCUUUCACUACCAGAGUUACAGGCCCAGAUACACAGCAAUGUGGCAUCAACUGCUGAUCAAACAUUUUGAUGAUGUCUGGAAAUGUACAAUCUCUUUCUCUCUAUAUAUCAUCAUCAGAUGGACUUUGGAGGGAAUAAUCUGUUCUUAUUUAUUUAUGGUAAGAAAUACCCCUCAUUAGGUUUUUGUUGUCUUAUUUGAGGAAAUGUAUUUAAUUGUUGUUCAAUUAUAAUGGCUGUUCUAUCCAUUGUUAAUUUAUUUACAUUAUUUGUGUUUUGUGGAGAGAUUAAAGGAGACUUAGUGGUGUGUAUUUAUA